AUGUCGGAUACCACUCUUGUGUCACAUUUCGAUUCAAACAGAAUUGCUAAAGAUGCUAUCACGGAUAAAGGAAAUACUUUGGGCCCGGAAAGACCUAUUACUUCAUUUGGUGACAUCGAAACUUCCGCAACUAACGGUUCCCCACCUGUCUGCUUGGUCGAGCUCAAUACAUCGAAGCACUUCAAGGACCAAAUUAAUCUGAUCGAUCCUGAUCUUAUUAAUGUGACAGUAGACUCAAAGCCCUAUAAAGAGUCAGAAAAUAUGCUUAUACAUGAAAAGGACUCUGGAGCUGCCAUUGAACCCACUUUGGUCGUUUCGUCUAUUGAAAAUAUUCCUGCUAUCGUUACUGAUACAACUCCCAGCAGUUCAACAUCACCUCCUGUCAUACCAACGUCGUUGUCACUAUCAUCCCUUAAAUGUGCACUCAAUGACGAUAAUUUGGGAACAAACUGUUCUGACAAGCUGGAUUCGUCCAUUGAUAUCAGUGUAUCUCCAGCCCGAGAAUUCCGUGACAAAAUUCAGGAUCAUAUACAAGGAACCACUUCCCCAGCUGAAUCAGCAAGGACGGGCGACACUUUCCCUACCUCUACGGGUGAAAAUAUCAGUGCCUCGCCACCAACCUGUCAUCCUAGAGAAAAUAUAUCUAAAAUGGCCAUUUCGAUCACUGAGGACAAAGUUCCUGACAGUUCCUUGGUAGUUUUUGAUCUACACAAUGCUUUUUAA